AUGCUGUGCUACCGGAAGCGCACGAGAAAAGAGCUGAGGGAGGUGGCAUGGGACCAGUGGUUGUCAAGUCCUAUCCCUAAGGCUGGGUGGUCGCCAUUUGCGUGCCGGAGUUGCUUCCGCGAGGGCGAGCCUGUCCCGCUUCAUAGACGUCUCGGUUGUGAGCACACGUUCCCGGAUGAGCUCAAGGGCCUGACGCCGGUGGAGGAGAAGCUGAUCGCGCUGAACUCGUGCUACGGAUUCCACGUCAAGGGCCACAUCACGGUGUUCCCAAACAACGUACAAGAGCUGGCGACGGACGUGCUGCCGCACCCUCUCUUCCAGGUAAUGGACGAGAUCCACGUCUCGUGGCAGGGGGCGCUAAGGCCGACACCGAGCGAUCUGUCGAGUCUCCUAUCGAGAUGGAGAGCUGGGAGACCCGGCCCACGGGUGCCGCCGUUGGUGUACGAGCGCCUGGAGCGGAACGAGCCGUCGGCGUGGGAGAAGACGCGGACGGCGCACGUCGUGCCGCCCACGGAGCGGGCCAUGGACGACGAGGGGGCGGUGGAGAUCGAAGAAGUCCUCGCCAUGCUCAACCAAGGGGAAAGCACGACGAGUCGCGAGGCCGGCGAGCCAGAGGCAAGCGAGGUGGACGAGGUGCGUGGUCAGAGCUGCGGCGAGGCCGAUGAUAAUGCGAAGACGGUCAACGAGGUGACCUCGUCAGGGAUGUUUGCGUUGGACGGACCGCCCGACGUGGCCGACGUCGACAAGCUGCGGUUCGCAUGCGAUUCCGUUCGCCAAGGCGCAGCCGACGACGGUACGGGCCCGAGGACGUGGGUCGAAUCCUCGGCAAGGGGGCAGCCGGGGCACGUCGAUGGUCCUGAACCAUUCAUCCAUGUCCGCCGCGGGGAUGAAUUCGCCGACUCGUUCGAAGCUUCUUUCUUCGCAAAGACCUUUCCCACGCUAUUACCAUUCGGUGUCGGAGGGCCGCGGCCGGUCGAGGAAGCAAGCUCGCAGUUGGGCAGAGGCUCGGUCAACACGCGCGGCGGCGGAGGCGGGGCGCAGGACCUCCUGUCAUCCCGGAACAUGAGCCUUCGUACGUGGGCCGACACGGUGUUGCGACGCCACGGCGGCCGGUUCGCGACGCACCACAUCUUCGCAUUCCUCGUCUUCAACAUGGGCGUGCGGUCGAGGAACCGCCGCGUCAGCAUGCUGAGCGUGACGAGGAAGAACUUCCGCAAGGUGGAGCGCAUCGUACGGUCGCUGACCGCAGACGGUAUGCGGCACAAGAUCCUGGCGCUCAUCGUCCGCUACGGCGUGCCUGCGAUCUGGUUCACGAUCAACCCAAACGACAUCACGAACCCGGUGAAGCUCCGACUGGCAGCGUACCGCACGCGCGACCCUGAGGCGGCCGAGGAGUUCCUGCGGAGCCUCGAUAUGUCGUUCAAACGGCAUUACGUAAAUGCAGGGGAGUCGGUGUUCGGGCGCAUCGGCCACUACUACGGUGCCGUGGAGACCAACGAACGAGGAUCCCUUCACGUCCACGGGCUGCUCUGGUUACACGGAAACGCGCACCUGAGCUCCAUGCUUUCCGACGCCCACGGGGAGGAGCAGGCGGCGUACCGUGAGCGAAUCAUCCGCUAUGUCGAUAGCGUCUUCUGUGAGGACUUGGACCAGGAAGGCUUCUGCGCCGUGCAGGCGGAGCGUUCGGUGACGUCUGACGUCUCAUCCCUGCUGGACAGUGCCGAGCAGUUCUCGGCCGGAUUCGAAGAGGAAGCCAACUUCUGCGCCGGCGCGACGCAGAUCCACACCCACAGCCCGACAUGCGCGCCAUGGAAGCUGGUCGAGGAGACGACGCUCUCACAGGACGGCGUGCUGCGGAUCCGCAGGACGCAUCCCAUGGUGAAUCGGUGGAACAAGGCCAUCGCCGUGGGGCUCCGCCACAACCACGACAUCUCCUUCAUAGCGACGCAGCGGAAGACCAUGGCUCUCGUCUAUUACGUGACGAAUUACGCGACCAAGGUAGAGGACCCGACGUGGAAGCGCGUCGCCGCGGCCGCGGAACUGCUGCCCGUCGUCGCAGCAGGUGGCCAGCCGGGUGCCAGGAGGAUGCCGGAAAUGGCGUCGAUAUUCACGGAGCGCGCCCUGUCGCAAGUCGAGGUCGUCGCCCAUCUCCUGGGAUACCCGAGCGAGUUCACGAGCAGCAGCGCCUGGGCGUACCUGAACGUGUCGGUGCUCUACUGGCACGUCUCCAGGCGCUGGCGACACCUUCGGCAGGAGAGCGGCACCGCGGUCGCAGACGUGUCCGUGGACGAGUCGGUCGCCGUGGAGGAAGCAGGCGAGAGGAUCAGCUUCGCCGAGGCGUACCAUCAUCGCGGACACGUCCUACGAGGCUUGUGCCUAUAUGACUAUGUUUCGCUCGUCAGGCUCCAACGCGUCGGCAAGGACGGGUGCUCCGGUGCCUGGGGAGGAAAGCACGCCGUCGUCUGCCUUGACGGCCACCUUAGCAAGGAUUUCGAGCAAGACGACGAGGAACAAUGCCACCGCCGAGCAGCCGUGCAGCAUCUUGCCCUAUUCGCGCCGUGGAGACCUUUCUUAGCGAAGAGCGAGGCGACAUCAACGAGAUAUGGAGGCGCGCACGAGAGCGGCUUCCGCCAAGAACCUCGUGCCUCGUCGAUAACGUUCAACUACUCCGGCGGUCCGCCGAGGACGCAAAGCGAGACGCCAAGCAAUGGGCAGCGUCGUCCGGCGACGGGGAUCCGGCCGGCGCACCUGGCGAUUGGGGGAGGAUGGGGAGGGCCGGGCGAGGCGGACCGCGAGGCGGGAUCCGCGUACCAGUCCGACAACGUCGGAAACGCAACGCGACUGAUCGAUGUCGUUAGAAGCGCGACCGGCGCGAACCAGAUCACGGCGGGGUCGCGGGAGCUUUCGGGAAUGAUGCAGCAGCUCUCCCGCUUCCAGCAAUCAGCGCUAGCCUCGACGGCCGAGCUCCGGGCCACCGUCGUGACCGAACGGGGUGGGGGGCACAUCAACAUGCCCGGGCAGGUGUUCUCCGGGGCUGCAGUGCCGCCGCAGGAUCAGGUCAAGGCCAUCAAGUCGCAGCAGACAUGCGCCUCCAGAGAGGGUGAAGAUGAUCCAGGGCAUACAAAGCAUGGCCCCGGCCCACGGUACCGAUCGCGGCGCAGCGGGCGGAGCGUGCUCGCCGGCUUCGGGGAGGAAGACGUCCAGGUGACGCGAGUGGAAACCGAGGAGAGGGCAGGUAACGCGGAGGCCGGCAUGGAAGUCCGCCUCGGCCCAUCCACCUCCUUUCACGAGGCCGGGAAAGACUUGACAAGACGAUUGACGCUAAACAAGAAGCAGGCGAUUGCCUUCUCCAUAAUAUGCCGCCACCUGGACUCGAUGCGGCAAGGAGACGGAGGCGACGUCAGCCAGCUCUGUCAGUUCGUCGGCGGCGAGGGCGGCACCGGCAAGUCGCGCGUCAUCGAAGCACUCGUGGGCCUCUUCGCCGCGAAGGACCUCUCGCAUCGCCUGCUGAUCACGGCGACGUCGGGGACCGCCGCCGCGCGGUCAACGGCAUCACCAUCCACUCGGCCUGCGGCUUCACCAGGACCAAGGGCCGGGCGCGAACACGGCGAGGACUCUCGGAUGGACUGGCAGGAUAAGGACAUGCUCGUCAUCGACGAGUUCCGCCCGGUCCAGGAGAGGUCGAUCCUGCUGCCGAGCGCGGCCGUCUCGUGGGACGAGGACAACUCGUUCAGGGCCGAGCAGCGCCACCAGCACGACAAGGCGCACGCGCUGUGGAGGCGGUUCACGACGGCCGUCAUGCUGGACGAGCAGAUGCGCGCCGCCGGCGACCCGGAGCUGCAGCGGCUGCUGAAGCGGAUCCGCGGGGGCGUGCAGGACCACACGGACCUGGAUCUCCUCAACUCGAGGUGCCACCGGGAAGGCAGGCGGAUCCCGUGGGAGACGGGCAUCACCGUGGUGACGCCGCUCAACAGGAAUCGGUGGAACCUCAACAUGGAGGCGAGCCUGGCGUUCCAGAUCCAGCAGCGGUCGACGGUGCGCAUCUUCCUCUCCGAGCACAAGUGGAAGGACGGCCUGCCGACCGAGGAAGAGGCCAUCAUGAUGCUGAACCAGGGCGACGACAGCGCGAUCCCGGUGCCGGCCGUCUUCAUGUUCGUGCCGGGGAUGCCGGUCGUCGUGAACCACAACACCCACCAGGGGCUGAAGCUGGUGAACGGUGCUAGCUACACGGCGGUGGAGGUCAUCGUCGACAAGGCGCACCCGGGGCAUCGGAUCUCGGCCGACAUGACGAUCCACUUCGGGCCGCCGGCGGCGAUAAUACUGGGGUCGAAGACGACCAAGGACUUCCACUUCGUCGGGAUGCCGCCCGGCACGAUCCUGCUGACGCCCAUGAGCGUCAGGAUCCAGUGUCAACGGAAGCGACCGUGGCAGCAGAACGACGUCAGCCGAAAGGGCCUGCCGUGCGCCGCCGCUUUCGCGUGCACGGAUUACAAGGUGCAGGGGGGGACGCUGGAGCGCGUGGCGCUCGAGCUGCGGGGGACGAGGACGACAAACGUCGGCGGACGCGCCGUCCCGUCGCAGUGCGACCCGUACAGCCUAUACGUGCAGCUGUCACGGUGCCCGACGCUGGACGGCAUCAUGCUCGUGUCGAAAGUGCGAGAGAGACCUAGUGGGAAACCGGGUCCCCGGGAGAUGACCGCCGCACAAGCGAGGCUGGAGGAACUGAGCGAUAGAACUGUUCGGGAAGCGAUGUGCAACAGGCUCGGUGAGAGCGCGGGGACAGAGACGGUGAGCAGUAGGUAA